CUUGUACGGAUCAGGAAUAAAAGAAGAAAGGUAGCUCUUAUUAAAUUUAGUUAACAUAAAAAAAGUUGCACCAGUUUAAAUAUGAAAGCUGUAAGUGUUGAAAUGCCUACCACAAAUAUUACUUCCUCAAAUGAAAAAAGUACGUUUAUAUACCUCCCCAGAAAUAGCGCCAACUUCAACCCACCAAUCAUCACCAAGAGAGACACACCGAUAACCAAUGACACACCCAGUGGGCGGAGUCGAAACUGUGGGCGCGGCACUAGCAGGAGUCUCUGAUUGGCCCGCUCGCCGCUGGUGACGAAGCUCAACGUGUUUCUCAUGUUUUGAAAUGGGAAGUUUGCAACUUUGCAAAGUGUGCAGCCGAGCGAGCGUCCUCUAAAGAGAAACAAGCUGUUGCCUUCCCUCCGCGCAUGAAGACACGGCGGGAAAGCGCCUUUUCCAGGAUUCCCAGCUGGGUUUGACAGAUCUGCGCGUGGGAGGGAGAUGGAUGUGAUUCCCAUGUGCAGUAUUUUCCAGGAGCUGCAAAGUGUCCUUGACACGGGAUACCUGUCCGCACUGCCAUCUUUGGAGGAGUACUGGCAACAGACUUGUCUUGAGCUUGAGCGCUAUCUGCAGAACGAGCCCUACGUCUCUGCAGCUGAUCUGAGAUCAGUGUGUGAGUGUGACGAUCUGUGGAACCAGUUUCUGCGGUGCUGUGGGACUGAAGUGAGCACGUCCCCUCCAGAAGCCUCCGGCCCCAUCCAGGACGGGACAUCUACUGCUUCCCAUUCGUCAGUCGGCAGCUGUGAGAAGAUCAUUGGCUCUCCUGAUGUGCUCACACACCCUCUGGGUCAGCAGCAUGUCACCACACACACACCCCCGACGCCACCCUCCUCGCCCUCCCUCGCUCUUAUGGAGGUUAAAGAAGAGGCGAGAGGGGAAAAGGUCAAAGGUGAGGGGUUAUCCGAAGGACGAAAGAGAGCUCAUCGAUGUUACUUCAACGGUUGCAGGAAGGUGUACACCAAGAGCUCUCACCUGAAAGCGCAUCAGCGGACGCACACCGGUGAGAAGCCGUACAGGUGUUCGUGGGACGGCUGCGAGUGGUGCUUCGCUCGAAGUGAUGAACUGACGAGGCACUUCAGAAAACACACUGGAGCGAAACCCUUCAAAUGCAGCCACUGCGACAGGCGUUUCUCUCGUUCUGAUCAUCUGGCUCUCCACAUGAAGCGACACAUCUGAACGAGAGGAGUAAGGGACAGACGCACUGGUACAGCACAAUAGUGAACAGAAUUUGUGUGUAAGGAUCCCAAAGACCAGCACAACUGGUUUUCUAUGUAUUCAUUAAGUGUCAGUGUUGCACCUUCUUGCCAAUUAUAUGCUUUCAGCAAAAGGGAUAUAGAUUUUGUUCCCAUGCUGGUGACAUUUGACUUGUUGAUGCAUGAUUUAAGUAUCCAUAUAUUUGCAGGCUUUGCCAAUUGCAGUAUAUUCAUUUCACUCUGCUUUAUAAAAAUAAAAUCUUGGUCCACACAGAACAUGUGCCAUUUUACCAUAGUUAACUGCCUGCUUUCCCAUUCUGCACUAAAAAGUAAUAUAGUUUAUAUUUUGUAGGAAUUAUAUUUAAAAAUAAAGAAAGAAACUGCACCAAAGGCGUUACAGUAUGUAUAUAUACUAUAGUAUAUAAGAUAAGCUUUAUUUUGUUUAAAUUUUUAAAGUUAAGUUACACUUUACACACUGAAAAGUAUCUGAUUUAUUGUGGAGCCGACACGUUUUUAUCCAGAGCAGCUAUGAGUCCAUGUAGAUAAGAAUACGUAUUUGAGACCAAUAAGUGUGUAUUGCUGUUUAUUAGGUUUGCGAAUGACCUGCUUCAUCCAGCAGUUACAGGUUCAUUAAUUGUGCUGAUAUUACUGGUAAUACAACCUUUUUAACCACUAAAGCAACAUAGUCGCUGAAGACUAAAAAUAUCAUAUUAGUGCCUUAAAAUCACACUCUUGAGCUGAAAUAUUUCAUUUUGGUUUAAUUUUGGCCUAGAAAUGUUGGAUGAAAGUAGAAAAUCCAAUAAUUAUUUUGUGGAUACUGUAUUUUGUGUCAUAAAGACUAGAAUGUCUGAAUUGUGUUAUUGAAUGAUUGUUACCCAGAGAUGUGCCGCUGUAAUGUUGUGGUUUUAAAAUAAGCAUCAGGAACUUUCACUGGCAGUUUUCUGGUUACUUUGAGCACAGAUUGAUAUGAUGUUGGCAGAGCUCCUCAGAGCAUUUGUUGUCCAGAUGUUUUAAAGCCCUGCAGGUGUUACAGAGACAAGGGUGUUCACUCACAGCGAAUAAUAAUAUGAAAGCUAUUCAUGUCUAACUGGAAUUCACAAUAUCUUCAGGGGAAUUUAAUAUACGCUGCAGUAGCCCUAGUUCACUUUAAAAUGAAACUUAGCCCACGAUUUACUCACCCUCAAGCCGUCCUAGGUGUAUAUGACUUUAUUCUAUCAGACGAAUACAAUCUGAGUUAUGUUAAUAAACACCCUGACGCUUCCGAACUUUAUAAUGGCAUUGGAUUGCAACCAUUA